AUGCGGACCAAGACAUUCAACCUUGAAGAAGGAAGGAAAAGGUUACCAAGGCUGCUAAACACAAAGCCAUUAACCAUGUCUUUAAACACAUCGUACCUGGUCUGCAAUGUGAACCGAAACUUGGAACCCUUUACAUACUUCUACUACUUCAUUUUCAUGGUUGGAUUUUUAGGCAGCAGCUUUGCGUUAUGGGCAUUCACAAGGAAAGACAACAACCAGAAAUGUACCAGCAUCUACCUCAUUAAUUUACUAGUCGCUGAUUUCCUCCUAACUCUAGCACUGCCUUUCAAGAUAGCCGUUGACCUGGGUGUUGCACCAUGGAAGCUAAAAAUCUUUCACUGUCAGGUUACAGCGUGUAUCAUCUAUAUCAACAUGUACACUUCCAUUUUAUUUCUGGGAUUUGUCAGUAUGGAUCGGUGCCUUCAAACAAUGCACAGUAUUAAAGUGUACCAAAUACAAAAGAAAGGAUUUGCUAGAAUGAUCUCGACAGUAGUUUGGGCUUUGGUGCUGUCCAUAAUGGUUCCAAACAUGUUGAUCCCCAUAAAUGAUAUACCAGAAAGAGAAACAGUUGGGUGUAUAGACUUUAAACAAAAGAUCGGAAGGGACUGGCAUGUCCUUUCAAACUUUAUCAGCAUUGCCAUUUUUUUCAACUGUUCUUGUAUAAUUCUGAUCUCAAAUUUUCUUACCAUUAAAAGACUCUACAAGAACAGGGAUUGUGAGGAGUUUCUCACCAUCAAAGAAUCCUUAAUAAAGAUAUUCCUUGUGACAGCUGGAUACAUUGUUUGUUUCCUUCCCUAUCAUAUUGUUCGGAUUCCAUACACAUUGAGCCAAAGUGAUGUUAUAACAGACUGCAGCCUAAAGCAGACGCUCUUCUACGCCAAAGAGUCAACUCUGCUGCUUUCAGUCUCAAAUUUGUGUUUUGACCCUAUUCUUUAUUUUUAUUUUUCUAAAACAUUUAGAGCUAAAAUCAGCAAGACAUUUUCCCUAAAAAAACACGUGAUAACCAAUAAUGGGGAAGAAAAUGGUUGUGAGACACCUGUAUAACAAUACCUCCGAGUUGUUAUUCUUAGAAUGCCGGCUUCUUCAAGCAAUUGUUUCAAAAGACUCAAAUGACUUCAACAGGAGACGUGACGCAAGAGCCUCAUCUUCAAUUGGAUAAAAUAUGUUAAGGAUCUAAAUAUUUGUGAACCCCAAUUGCCAGUUUUUGGAGUGGAAUGGAUAUAUAUUGGAAAUAAAACAUAAAAAUUAUUUUUCAGAAAAAAAAAGAUAA